AUGGAUUUGCAACUUGCAAGAGAAAAAAGAAUGUUCCAACUGAAUGAAUUAGAUGAGAUACACUUAUUAUCUUAUGAAAAUGCCAUACUUUACAAGGAGAAAACAAAAAGAUGGCAUGGCAAGCAAAUUCAACCAAGAGUGUUUGAAGAGGGCCAGCGAGUCUUGAUUUUCAACUCACGCUUGAAGCUAUUCCCUGGCAAGCUCAAGUCAAGGUGUUUUGGGCCAUUUACUAUUACUAAGGUCUAUCCUUACGGGGCUGUGGAGUUUAGAGGAAAUGAAGGAGGUGAAUUCAAGGUCAAUGGGCAGAGGUUGAAACACUAUUGGGGUGGUUUCGGGUCAGUACUUGGAUAUAUUUAUGACUGGUGUCCUGCUGAUUUGAAUUAUGGAAAGUCUGGGAGUGAUGCUAUGGCUAUGCUGUCAGGCUCUUUUGUGAUGUUGUAG